AAAUUCUCUGAUUGAAAUGUAAGAAGUGGAGAAUUGUAAUAAGUUAUACAGACAAUUAAACGGUCUUCUAGCUGUUAUAGUAAAUACUCUGAUAGAAAGAUAAUUGGAAUAUUCAGAAUCCAUAGAAUUCAUUCUGCUUGUUUUGUAUUGUCAACAUGAAACAAAAGGCGAAGAAGACAUUAAAUGAAACAAUGGUUUGUUCAAAACGUAGACAAAUAGUUACUGACAAAAUUGAAGACAAAAAGAAAGACACCGUAUUAGAGGCACCUUCGAAUAAAUGUGUUGAAAAUGUGAUUUUAAACACAAAUUCAAAUAAAAAAAGUAGUUUAGAAAACUGUGGAGAAAUUACAACGCUGGAACACCAGUCAAGUGAAAAGGUAAAGAAAAAUCCUAAUAAAGAUAUAAUUAUUUCGAACUCAAAUGAAUUGGAUGAUUUCACAAAGGAACCGCCAAAAGAAAUUGCCGACGAUUCAAAGGAAAUUGUAACAGUCGAAACAGUUACCGAAAAUGAAGAGACUAGUUUAGAGGAAAAAGAAAAUCGCAAAAAAAUGUCGUCUCCGACUAGUGCGAAUGAUAAUAACAAUCGGACCAAUCAACUUUCUACUAUACUAGAAAAUGUUAAAGGUGAAGAGAAAGAGAUUAAGAACUCGUCGCCGAAUCAGGCUAAAGUUCUAAAGGAUAAGCAAAUUAAACCCGAAGUAUCUGGGGAUAAAGGUAAGAGACUUGAAGACAAUUUGCAUAAUGAAAGCACAAUGUCAAAAGAAGGGACCAAUACUUUACCUAUCAUCAUGCCGGAUACGGAUUCUGUCGUUAUAAAACGUAUAAAGGACACUAACGAACCUAAAAAGCCUGAUAAAUCAGACUGUUCUCUUCAAAAAGAAAGAAAUGGAAAAGUUAGUUCGGAGGUAAACCAACGUCCGUUAUCGUCUGUGUCCGACCCCGGAUAUCGAAGUAACUCUGUGUCGAGUCAAAACUCGUCAAAGAAGCCUAAGAAAAUUUAUUCUGGCAUAAGAUUUACCAAGAAGGAACUUGAAUACUACUUGCCAAAAAGAAGCAAUUUUAGUUGUCACGAAAAAGCUCUAAAAGAUGGAGGUUAUGAUUUAGAGGCCAUUGAAACAAAACGAAGACGAAGAUUAACGCGCAAACAAAAUAUCAAAGACAAAGAGAUAGAAGAAAAAUUGAAAGAAAUCGAGGAUGUUAAUGCAGCACCAGUUGUAGAUGUAGAUUCUUCUGAAAAGGAAAUAAAAGAUCCCGACGAAGAACAAACUGAAAUGGAAAGAACAAACAAACCAAAACGUAAGGGAAAGAAAAAAGAUGAACAGGAAGUUAAAGUAGAUCACACAGUGUUAUUACAAUAUCUCAAAUAUGUGCUUGAUAAUAGAGAGGAAUAUUUUCUUCAUAAAAGACAAUAUAUUCAACAAAAUACAACUCGACUCAACGUUGAUCCAGGAAGUACCAUUGCCCGAUUCGGACGUGCUUUUCAAAGAGGGCAACAUGGUAUUAUUACUGAACCUUUUUUACUGGAAGUUACACGCGGAAUAAAGUCAAAUUAUGGGGAUAUACAACAGUGGUUACCUUCAAACAAAGAAAAACAAACACAAGGAGUUCCGACUAUUGAAGAAACAACUAUUGACGAAAAAGACAAAACCGAAUACGAAAAGGUAAAGCUUAAACUUGAUAAAUGGUUAAAAACAAUUACUUCUGCACAAUUACUGAAAGCGAAAGAACUUUCAUUGAAGGAACUUGGUGAGGAAGAUAAACUGCAGAGUCAGUGGUGGUCUACCCUCCAGCCGUGUCGAUAUUUAAGGCAGAGAAGUGAUUUGGAAUAAUUUUACGAUAAUUUUUAUACUGCAUUUUAUUUUAGAAACAUCGCAUUUUUCAACCCGAGACAAGUGUUCAUUUUUCGAUAUUGUACAUUAGAAUAUCAUAUCACCACAGAUACACGGGUACUUUUAACAACACCACAUUAUGAUAUAUGCCAGAUAUGGUGCAGAGAUUUUGUGAGUCACGAAGUACUAUCCUGUUAUAAAGAAAUUGAUAUUCUCAUGAUCGAAACUUAGAGAUAGAACUCGAAGAGAGAAAAUAAAUAUUCUUCAUUAUAAACGUCAAAAUGUGUGUGGGAAGAAUAAAAGUGUGCUAAAUAUUUGAGAAAGUAUUCAUAUUGAUGUUAUGUCGUUCAGCCACAAUUAGUGCAAUAUUUUUCAAUCAAAUUACUGGAGUUUAGCAAGAUUUGCAAAAUAUUCUUUACGGGUGAUGUCGUACUUUAAUCUAUCUUAUCUUUAAUGGAUUUUUCGGAUAAAUCGUAAUAAACUGACAAACAUUUGAGAAUAAAUUAUUCUAAAAGAAAGGACAAGGUACAAAGCAAACAUUUACAAGUGGUUUUAAAUCGUUCAACAUGUAUACUUAAAUUAAGCGUUUUUCUACUCAGUACUUUCAAGUACUAGUAUUUUUAGUAUUUUUUCACAAUUUGAUAUGUUAUUAAAUUAUAUAAUUUCUGUUUUUGUGUUUAAAUGUUUUUGAUAUGAAAAUUGUUUAAUGAAUUCAACUAAAACAAUACAUAUUACGUUCUCUUCGAAUCAAAUUAGAUACUUAUAUACCUCGUCAAAAUUAAAGCAACACCUGUAUUUGAAUCAUACCUGCAAUUUAAUUUUUAAUGUUGAUUUUCGUCAUACAGAAUUUAUUGAACCUUGUGAAGUGUGGGCGAAUAGUGGAUUUCCUAUAUGCUCACAAUUCGUUUGAAGCGUGCGAGAAUAGUUUCAAAAUAUUAAUUUUAGUGAGAUUUUUUGGUUUUUAUAAAAGGUUCGAUAGUAUUAUUGAAUCAUAAUACUCAAGCUUCGUGUGGGCGACAGAUAUAUGCAUGAAAAAUCUUAUAAGAAACAAAUACCCGGCACAUCUUGACAAUAUUUUUUGUUGGUUUACGAAAUAUUUUUCUGAAAAUUGUUUUUUUUUCUUCAUCAAAGUAAUUGCAUGCAUGGUCAAUUGUUGAGUAAAGAUUUGUUGCUUUGAAAUAUAUGAAACAUGUACGCUAAUGCCAUAAUAAAAUGAUAUGGUUAACCAUGACAAUUGUAACGUGUUUUGCUCACAGAACAACAGUUUGCAGGAGGACAUGCCACACCAGCCGAACAUUCAAUUAUAUAUGACUUUCAGAAAUGUAAAUGUUUUAAUGUCUUUCAAAUUGGCUUGACCUGGCUUGGAAUCCGGGACCAAUGAAUUUCAACACUCGAGGCGAGCACGCAGUUUCGAGACCAUCGUAGUUGUUUUACAUUAUUUUAGUAAGACGGUCAGGUAGUGUAAUAAUGAAGUCAGAGGUUAUAUAUUUGAACAGUCAAUACUAUCGUACCUUCUUCCGCUAUAUUUCUCUCGUUUUCCAUAUUUCCAAAAUUUAAAAGGUUCGAAUGUUUCUUGAAGAAAUCCCAUUUUACUUUUUCUGUUAAAUUAUUUAACGUGAUCACUUAAAAGAAAUCUUUAAAUUGGUAUAUUUUCCCCGAGGAUAAAUGAAUCUAGUAUUUGAAAUGUCAAUUGGCUUGUACAAGAAAUAAAGCUUUAAAGUAUUUACGGCAUUUUAAAUGUAAUUUUGAGUGUAACAUUGAUAUAUUUGUUGAAGAUCUUGACCGAUUUAAAGUACUAGUAUACGUAUUAAUUACUAUAUUGAUUCAUUUGGAGAAAUACGAGAAUCGUAAUAAUCUGCGGCCUUGUAAGACCUGUCAACUCACACACAGUCUGUAUUGUCCUCAAGGACCACUUAUAGAUGAAAGAUAUUUUCAGUUGUUGUUGGUUUAUUAUAUUGAAAUCCCUAUCAGUUUACGAAUCAGUCAUAACACUUUCAUUUCGAAUACCACAAAUGUCGUUUUUUUACCAAUUAGAUUUGAUAAUAUUGAUUAUGAGGCGAAGUUAAUUAAAUCA